AUGAAUGGAAUUCAUAAAGCUGCACUAAUUUUGGUUUAUGCCAUCUAUUGCAUUUAUGUAAUUAGGUAUACCAACCAACUAGUCGACCCCAAUAGACUGGAUUUAAAGAACCGUCACUAUGACCCACUUGCUAAACAUAACCCCAAAUUGGCAUCUAACUCAUACUUGGAUACACUAUAUCCACCUCGCGAUUUAGAACAAAUCGGCAAAGAAAAUGCUACAAUGGUUAUGCUUGUAAGAAAUUUUGAGAUUGACGAGGCACUUGCCUCAAUGAGGUCUUUGGAGGAUAGGUUUAAUCGGGAUUACAAGUACCCAUGGGUCUUUCUCAAUGAUGUUCCAUUUGACCAAGAGUUUAUCGAAAAGACAAGUCUUAUGGCUAGUGGCAAGACUUAUUACGAACUAAUUCCAGUAGAUGAUUGGCAGCCACCAGAUUAUAUCAACAUGACAAAGCUAGAUGAGAACCUACUCAAUUCUCGCGCCGGUAUCUUGUACGGCGGCAUGAGAUCCUACCGCAAUAUGUGUCAUUUCAAUUCCGGGUUUUUCUACAAACAAAAAAGAAUGUUGGAUUAUGACUAUUAUUUUAGAGUCGAGCCAGGCGUAGAGUACAUGUGCGAUUUCCAAUACGAUCCGUUUGAGUUUCUUCGCGAGAACAACAAGAUCUACGGGUUUAUUAUCACUAUCCGUGAAUAUGCAAAUACCAUCCCCACGCUUUGGCAAACGGUUGAGGAAUUUAUGCAAAAAUACCCCUUUUUGUUGCACACGAAUAACGCAUUGAAUUUUAUCACAACCAACGAAUCGUCUUUAAACCAUUACGUCGAUCUUUCACCAAACCCUACGCAAUACAACUUGUGUCAUUUUUGGUCGAAUUUCGAGAUUGGGAACUUGAACUUUUUUCGAAGCGAGCAGUACGAAACAUUUUUUCAACACUUGAGCAGAGCAGGAGGUUUCCAUUAUGAACGAUGGGGCGAUGCACCGGUGCAUACUAUUGCGUUGAGCUUAUUAGCCGACAAGGACCUGAUACAUCAUUUCGAAGAUAUAGGUUAUUAUCAUGCACCCUUUUUAUCAUGUCCCAUAUCAGAGGAAAUCAUAGCUUCAAAGCGAUGCGUAUGUCAACCAAGAGGAGAAGCAGUGAAUAGAACAAUCGACGUGAAUGCUCAUAGCUGCUUAGCAAGAUGGUGGAAGUACGGAGCCGGAAGGAGAUUCUUAAAUGAAGUAGACUAUAAACGAUGGUAA